GCUUGGUUUCUACAGCCUCCCGCCCUCGGGGCCGCGGUCUCCCUGGCCUGCGAGCGCCCGGCCCGGAAAAGUUGGAGAAUUCUGAGACUCCCCAGACCCCAAACUGCGAGCUGGGAGGUGAGAUUCACUGGCCUGAGCUCUAACCAUCUUCCUGGAUCACAGAGGCUUCAAUCCCUGACGUCAAGACUCUCCUCUUAACCCUGUGCCCCCAUGAUGGAGCCCCAGGAGAGUAGCAUCAGGUACAGCAGGUGGGAGAACAGUCACCCGGAUGAAGUCCAUGUGGCCAGCGGGCCCAGCACAGAGGAGGCCUCAGGCUGGCAGAGGGUCUCCCAGAAGCUGUGCUUGGGCAAGCUGGGCAUCGCCAUGAAGGUGCUGGGGGGCAUGGCCCUCUUCUGGGUCGUGUUCAUCCUGGGCUACGUCACUGGCUACUACGUGCACAAGUGCAAGUAAACGCUGCCCAGACACACCCCCAGGUGCAAGGCUGGAGGGACACCCUGUGUGCAAGAACCCUUCCAUGUGCAUGGACCCACCUGCCUACACAGACCAUGGUGUACCCAGAGUCCUGUAUAACAGCCCCACUGUCUGUACACAGCCCCCACCGUUUAUACACAGCCCCUCCUGUUUUAUACACAGCCCCCCCGUGUAUACACAGCCCCUCCUGUUUUAUACACAGCCCCCCCGUGUAUACACAGCCCCUCGCCAUGUAUACAGGCAUUCCUUGCACCAAUGCACAGAUUCCAGGGACUCGCAUGGACACCGGUGUGCACAGCUGUCACAGGCACCCACAGACAUACAGCCAAACAGGGAUACAGGUACAUGGGAGCACACACAUGCAUGCCUGGCGCAUACCCACCCAGGGGCCCACGUGACUGGAAGACCAGUCCCAACCUGACUGCAGGACACACCCAGGCUAGGCCUGCAGCCCAGGGCCCCCAAACCUCCCUUCUCUCCCUACUGGGGUCCUCCCUGGGUGGGCUUCCAGUGGGGCUGUGUCCCGCCUUGCAAGCUCCUCCCCUCUCUAGCCCUUCUGACUCCCGCUGUGGAAGGAUGCCUCUAAGGGCAGGGGUAUGUAUGUCUCUCUGUCCAUCCACCCUCCCCAGGGGCUGAGUCUUUUUCUGGGCAGAGGGGGAAGGGGGCCUCGGCCCUUGCCCAAGACCCACUGCUGUGUUGUCCCUCCAGGAACGUGGGCGUGUUCCCUGGGGCUGUCCACCCCACCGGGUGGGCUCUGCAGGAGCCUGGCCCUUCCACCUA